UGAAUGCGUGACGCAACUUUUUCCUCUGCGUCACUGAUCUGCAAGUGACGUCUCGCUAAGCGCCAAAGAGGCGCAAUCACACUGACAUUGCUGGCAUUGUCUCACCUCAGUCGCACAGCGGACUUUCGUAAAUCGUACUACACUCUACAGUGCGCGACGCACUACAUGGUGCAAAGGCCCUGCGAGCAGGAGCCCCAAAGGACCAGGCGAGCGGCGGCGAGGCGGUUUAGUGUGGCGCGGGCGUCCCCACCAGACGCAACAACGGAAGGGCCGCGAGGAGCGGGGGGCUCUUCAUCUCCGUGCAACAGGGACGGCACAGUAGCAGCGGCAGCGACUGUCUCCUCCCCGUGCGUGCACCGAUGGGUUCCCCCAAGCGUUGUCCGGCGAGAUGCCCCCCUCAACUCGGCCGACAAGAAUGACCUCGUCUUCCGGAAGGUGCGCGGCAUUCUCAACAAGCUCACGCCGGAAAAGUUCCACAAGCUCCGCAAGGAGCUGCUGCUCGUGGGCCUCGACUCGACACACAUCCUCAAAGGCGUCAUCCUGCUGAUCUUCGACAAGGCCUUGGAUGAGCCCAAGUACAGUUGCAUGUACGCGUCCCUUUGCCGGGAACUGUGCGACGAGUCACCAAACUUCGAGCCGCCCCCGAGCAGCAGCAGCAGCAGUCAGACCACCACCUUCCGCCGCCUGUUGCUGACCAAGUGCCAGGACGAGUUCGAGAACCGGCGGCGUGCCAACGAGGCCUUUGAGCGUCGAAAUGGGCCCCUCACGCCAGACGAGCAGGAGCAGCGGCUGGUGGCCAAGCACAAGAUGCUCGGCAACAUCAAGUUCAUUGGCGAGCUGGGCAAGCAGGGCCUGCUGCAGGAGUCCAUCCUGCACCAGUGCGUGCAGCAGCUGCUGGUCGCCUCGGCGCGCGUGCAGAGCGGCGGCGACUGGCAGGACCUGGAGUGCCUCUGCCAGAUCUUGGUCACGGUGGGCCGCCGGCUGGACACCCCCCGGGCCCGGCCCCUCAUGGACCAGUACUUCGAGCGCAUGCGCACACUCUCCCAGUCUCCCGAGCUGCCCGCGCGUAUCCGCUUCCUGCUGCGCGACGUCAUCGAGCUGCGUGGUAACCGCUGGAUACCACGUCGGGGCAAUGCCGAGCACGGGCCCCGCACGCUACAGCAGAUCCGUGAAGAGGCGUCGCGCGAUUUGGGCAUCUACUGCGGUGGCUCCCGGAUGAGCGGAGGACCGCGGGCCGCUUCCCUCGGCGGAGGCAUGGACGACGUGUUUGCCCCGCUCCCUAUGGCCAGUCUGGGCACGGGGCCCGGGGUCAUACCCUCGGGCGGAGACCGCUUCUUUCCCUCCUACCGCGCGGGCGCCUCCUCGGCACGCACGCCCCUGAACAGCUCUGGCGGAUUCCUGGGUGGUAGUGGUGGAGGCAACUUCUACAAUGGCCGUAACAGUCAGCCCCCACCGCAGCAGUUUGGACGUGGCCAAAGGGGUGGCGAGCACUUGCCUCCUCGCUUCCUCAAGAAGCAGAGCCCUGGCAGUGCAGACGAGAUCUCCCUGCGGCCAGCCCAAAACUCCAUUGUGCUCAAGCCCAAGACUCCGCUGAGCUUCUCAAAGACAAACACUGGCUCCACAGGAAGCACACCCCUGGGACCACACCCUCUCGCCAAACAAGCCAUGAAGGAGCCCCCUAUCGUGAUCAAGCAAGUGGUGCAAGACAAGAACCGUGCCAAUCGCAGUGCUCCUGAACGCGAGAAGGGGGCCACCCGUGAGGAGGUGAUAGCACGGGUGGAUGAACUCUUGGCUUCCUUGAAAUUGUCCAAUGGCACUGAGCAGCAGCAGCAAGGCACCACCACUACCAACAACACGACCAACAACAAUGGCACCACCACUCCUACCGGGGGCAGCGACAAUGGGCUGCCUGACGAGGCGAGCCGAUCUUUUGAGGCGCUGAAGAUACCCCGCAAGUUUCUCUCGGAGGCCCUGGCGCACGCCAUGUUGGCCACCCUGGACAAACCUCAGGCUGAGCUGCUACCCCAGAUGGCGUUAGCCUACAAGAAGGAUGGCGGAGCUGCCUACCUUGAAGCCCUGCAGGAGGUGUUUGGGCGCAUGUCUGCACUGGAGGCCGAAAUGCCGCUGGUGAAGAGCAUGGUGGCAGGGCAUGUGGCUCGUGGUGUGGCCAAGGGACUCAUCAGUCUCUCCGAUGUAGCGGGGGCACUGCCUCAGGGCCAGCACUACCCCCUGUUCCUUUUGGUGCUACAGCAGCUGGCCCGCACCCAAGGCCGACCCUGGCUCACCCAGGGGCUGGCGCAGGCCAAGGUUGAUCUGGAGUCACUGCUACCCGAGGGCAACCGUGGCCCCGAGCGUCUGGCAGAGGUAUUGGAAGACCGAGGCUUGGGCUUCCUGCUGCCUCGGCUGCAGGGUGACCUGUGGCGGCAGCUGAAGGCAGAUCCCAGCGCUACGGCGUUGUACCGAUGGAUACGCGACUCGGUCGACUCCCAGCAGCAGACACAACCGGCCUUUGUGCACGCCUUGGUAACCUGCCUGCUGCGGUAUAUCCUCGGCCAGACCACCAUGCCCCAGCUUCUCAACACCAACCAGGGCAGCAAUGACUCUACUGACAAUAAUGAGAGUGCCGUGCAGCAGCAGCAGCAGAAUGCAGCAGCUCCCGAGCGUGCCCAGCUGGACAAAGAGAGGGAGCUGCUGGAGCGGUACCAGGCCCUGCUACGAGCCUUCCUCGGUGAGCGGCCGGCUUUGCAGCUGGCCGCACUGUACGCUCUGCAGACCCUGUGGCACUCGCUAGGCUUCCCCAAGGGCAUGCUGCUGCGCUGGUUUGUGCUCCUGUAUGACCUGGAGAUCGUCGAAGAGGAGGCCUUCCUCAAGUGGAAGGAGGACGUCAACGAUGACUACCCUGGCAAAGGCAAGGCCCUCUUCCAGGUGAACCAGUGGCUAACCUGGCUGGAAGAGGCUGAGGAGGAGGAGGAAGAAGACGACGAAGACUGCUCGGAUGAAGGAGACAACUGACAUGCUGCCGGCAGGACCCAAUAAAAAAAAAAUCGAGAAAGAGGCGCGCAGAGCAAGACACUCUGCUCUCAAGAAAGACAACAGCGCAAAAAGAACCCUGCAUCUUCUGUUCUCAGCUCCCCCGCCUUUAUUUUUUUUUCCAUUGCGUGCCUUUCUGUUCCAGAUCUGCCAUUCUUUCCUACUCUCUACUCUCUCUCAAGCCCUUGCGCCUUUCUUAACAUCCUCGCAGGGCAGGAACAGUCACUUUUUUAAAAGAAAGGCAAGCAGUUGAGGCUGCAAGCUGAGCUUUUUUUUUUAACUGGAACAUAUUGUUUUGAUCUUAAAUCAAGCAAGGACUUCGCUAGUGGGGCCCCCACCUGUGCAUGUGGGGCAACCUUGCUACGAUUGGGAUAAAUAAAGCUUUCCUUUUUCUAUCUUGCA